GUGUUGUGGCUCUGUGCUGGUCUUUCUCUUACAAUCUUAAUCAAUAGAUGUGAGUCUGUUUCUGGGGCUCUCUGGUUUUGGGACUCUGCAGAGAGAGGAAGGAAUUCCCUUAAAAGCAGACGAAUGCCUUUUUUGAAAGCACGCAUUGUGUGCGUUUCUUAGAGGAGCCUUGGGCUUGGGAAUUCACGGCAGGCUUCCCCGGUCGGUGGUUUCCAGUGGGAAAUCACUCCGGAAAGGGAGCCCUUCAGCAUCGAUUUAUUGUUUUUGUCUUUCAAACCAUUAUCUCUUUGACUAAAAUACUGUCUGAGAAGUUCCACAGAGACCGGCAGGUAGACUGGACCGAGCAGAUCUUUAGCAAGAUGGUGAUAACGGUGAUGCUGUUUUUGGUGUCUGUGAUGGAAGCAUUGUUGGGUAAUAGCAAUUUCUGAUCGGUAGAGCAUGCUGCUUCUAAAAAAAUAAGUAACUGCCGAAAUGCUGUCUCCAAUCCCCCUCCCUGCACACUGCAAGCACCCGCCUCUCGCGGACCCACGCCGCUCACAACCAUUCUGAAAUUCCAUCCGACUGGAAAUAUUUUCUUUGGAGAUCGGGAAGUUGUGCAGUUGGCAGCAGGAGAUGGGGCUGGAGGUACUGUGGUUGUAGAGAGAGGGUUCUCCUCGCCCCCGAUGCUGAAUAUAUUCUUUAUGUCUGUCUGUGUGGGUUCUGAGUGUGUGUCUAUCUGUCUGAAAGGGCUGUUAGGGAAGGAUUUCCGAUUCGUUUCCGCUUCAAAUAAACUGUCCUGAUAAUCUCAUGGUUGACGUCUAACGCUAAAAGGGCAAUCUGUGUGUCUCUUUAUCCCUGCUGAAACUCUCCUCCCAAAGGGCAGUUAUUCUGGAAUUCUAGAGCAGCUACUUUUUCUUCCAAACAACUCCCCUCCCCAGUCACCUUCUUUCCUAAAGUUUGGUUGGAGUCCAUGGUCUUGAAGGAAACACUAGUAUUACUGGUUUUUAUCUGGGAUUAGUUUUCAUUCUUUUUCUUUCCUUUACUCUGCAUCCUGUUUUUCCUCAGUUCCUGUAAAUUUGUACCAAACAUUCAUUUCAUGAAACAGUUGUCACCAAAACUAAAAUUACCUGGCACUUCGGUACCAUCUCUUGCCCUACUUCAGUUUCUAUAGGUAAAUCGGAUGUGCCCCAACCACCAAAUUUAUCUUCAUCUGCAAAACUCUGUGUGUGUGUGUGUGUGUGUUGGGGGGCAGGAGUAGGGUAGAGAACAGGAGGGACUUGGAUAGGAAGGGUGUUGUUCUGUUCAGACUCGCUCUGCAACACUGGGGCCAGACCUGCACUGUCUGGGAGAGUUUCCUUUGCACACCCUGGUUAGAUGUUGUCUGGCUGGGAUGGAGAGGCGGGGCCAGCUGACCAGGGGUGUGUGAGGGAGGAGAAAGUUUGUAGCACUUUAAAAUAUAGUAGUUUUACUAUCCCAGGUUACUCCCUCCCCCUUUCUUCUGAUUUCUGUGGCUGCAGCCAUCCUUAGACUCCUGGAGGUGUGAUCCUUUGGCCCAGAGAUGGAGUAAGAGUUUUCAGAGCACAGUUGAAGAUGCUGUGUUCUCAUCUGUACUUCACAGCAGUCCCUGCUAUCAGAAAAGGGGGUUAGGACAGAGUGUUUGGGGCCGAUGGGAAAAGUAUGGUUGAACAGAGAAUGAGCAAACUUUAGGUACUGUAGCCAGAGGUGAAUAGGAGACCAGAAACUUUUGAAAAUGCUGCUUUGCACACCCUCUCCCUUCCCCCAUUAAGAAAAAGAGUCUGUCUUGGGAAGUUGAAUUGGUGUUAGAGCUGAGCUGUGGGAGCUGCUAGCCACUACAGUAAUCUGAGCUGUGCUGGGGGAGGAGGUGGUGAGCGAAAGCCGGAGGAGGGAAACCGACUUGUCUCUCUUAGCAGGGAAAAUAGAUGUGUCACUGGAAUAAACAAACUGGAGGUGGGGGAGGGGGUGGCCUGUACUGAACUUAAGGAGGAGUGGCUGAGAGACAGCAUGUCUUUAGGAAGGGGCCACUUUUAGCUUGGGAGAAAAUAUCAACUGCCUUAUAUGUUCAUGAAUGGGCCAGGCAAGUGAAGGUUUGUAAUCUGAUCUUUUGUAUGUUACCAUCAGAAUGUUACAUAGGAAGGCACUGCUGGCAGGGCAGGUUCAGGGCUUCAGGCAAGGGAAGCCCAGGGAUAUCCCUGUAUGAACCAAGAAGCCCCUCUGUGCCAUAAGGGUUUCUGGUCACUUGCUUGCAUUAUUCCUGGCUAGCUACUUUGUAAAUCACCUGACCUACAUGAGGGCUGGUGGUGGUGGGAGUGGAUAACACAGUGCUUGCUCACUUGAUGGAUUUAGUUGAGAAUGGUUGGUGGGGAGAGGCAAAGAGGCAGGGGCAGGAGUUUGCUGAAGAAGAAACAAAUAGGUAGGCACUUCCCCCUGGAUCUCUGAUUCUGUUUCUGCUGUUACCUUGACUUUCAAUUCCAUUAGGGGCUGAAUCAAUACUUGUCUGGCACAAAAAUGUACAUCUAGGAGAAGAGCGUUCUUUUAAUCUUGUCAUUAUUUUUAGUUGUACUUUAAUUUCUACCCUGAACCUUCUAUAUAAUAUGCAAAAGGAAGAAGAUGAGAAGUGGCUAGAUAGAUGGGAUGUCCUUUCUGGAUUCUUGCAGAGACACUGAAACUUGGCUGGGCCUCAGCCUCCCAGAAUGCCAGUUUUUCCCUUGGAGACUUGAAGUUUUAAUUGAAACCAGAAAGCUAUUGAAGGCAGGCCCAGCCAAAUGAAACUUUGUUUUCUCUGCUGCUCAGGAAUGGGAAAUAAAUAAUUUUUUGCUGAUGGCAUUUCAAGUUGCUUCAGUUCUGCUCCUGCCAGAAGAAUCGGGUAAAUUAUUAUUAACACAUUAGUAUUGUCAGGAGUUGCAGUGCCUUAAAACACAAAAUGGGAUGAUAUUAUUGAAUUUGCCGAAGAACCCCUGUGUGGGAGAGGUCUCCUCGAAGGGGCUGGGGUAAGAGGGCAGGAAGCUGCCCUUGUCCUAGAGAGGAAGCAACACUGGCCUGAAAAAGGGAAGCCUCCUUGCCACACAUCACUGGGCCAGAUACUAGGGUUCCUGUGAAGGAGGGAACAAAACAAUCCAAUUCCACUCUUACAAGAACUAUAUUAGGAAACUUGGUGAGCUUUCCAAAAUGUUUUGGGCCAGGUGGGUAAGGAAUACUAACAGCCUACCUAUCACCCUAGGUUUGAGAUUCUUUUAGAACUGCUCCUAAAGGCAACCCUGGUAUUUCAGAUUCCUCAUGAAGUGGCAGACACGUUGGGCCAGUCACAUACUUGCUAAGAGCAGAAAAGAAAAACCAAGGUGCCAAGUGAAAGCAGGGUGAAGAUGCCAGUCUGCCCUCUUGUUUGGCUCUGAGUUUCCAUUUUCACUUGGCCUUUUACUAGAUUCUGAUGCCCCCAUUAGACAUAGCAUGUUGUGGUAACAUAAAGUUUUAGGGUAAAAUGGCAACCUUAGAGAACUGAGUCUAAAGUUAGUGACCAUUCCACUUCUUAGCUGGAAGUCUUAAAGGUUAAGAUCAGAGCCGCUUUCCUUUCAGUUGGUUUUUACCUCUUACUCAACCUUCGCGAAUACCCUCGAAGGUUGGAAAAGCAUUCUUUUUUAUGGACUUUGGAUAAAAAUGUGUAGUGGUCUUCCCAUCCAGUUCAGGGCAAAUGAUGCCAGGUCAAAUGGAGAAAAUGAAGGACCCUGACGCCCAUAGGACCCAUAGGGAGGAAGCAACCUCCCUUGCUCAGGAAUGAUGAUGGAUUGACUUAAAGACCCUUUAAUAAUUACAGGCAGAGCCAGCUGAGCUGACCCCCCCAAGGCAGGUAGAGACUUCUGCCUCUCCAAGUGCUGGGGAGGAGCAGAGGGCUAAUGAGCAGAUGACUUUUAGAACUUUGUCAGUUCAGAAGAACAUUUCCUGGCCCAACUUAUCACUUCUUGUUAAAAAUAGUACCUUUCAUAUGCAUGGCACUAGUUGUUUUAAAAAGUAUCUUCAUAUUACAUCUGCCCUCUUGAUUCUCCUAAAGAUCAAGACCAGAUAAGCAUCUUAACUCCAUUCAGAAGAUGAGACAAUUGAUACCUGACUUGAUGAAAUGACAAAAGUUGGUGGCUGAGCUGGGAUCAAACAGUUGCAGAUUUGAUCUCUUCUGAACACCUCACCGUGUCUCCAUCCCUGGGACUCUGAACCCAGCAGCUGGACCACUUUUUCCUUGGAAUUUUGGGUGUCCUCUCAUCUCACUUUUCCUUUUUCCCUUUCCCCUCCUGAGAACUCCUGAAGACUGUUGGAUUGUCAUGGAGUCCAGGGAAAUCUUAAGCAGCUCCCGGCAAAGGGGGGGCGAGUCGGAAUUCCUGCCAGUCUCCUCAGCCAAGCCCCCGACUGUCCCUGGUUGUGCAGGAGAACCUUUACUCUCUGCUGCAGGAACUGGGAAGGGGAUCCCGGUGGGUGGAGAACGCAUGGAGCCAGAGGAGGAGGAUGAACUGGGCUCAGGGCGGGAUGUGGAUUCCAACUCCAAUGCUGACAGCGAGAAAUGGGUGGCAGGAGAUGGCCUGGAAGAGCAGGAGUUUUCUAUCAAGGAGGCAAACUUCACAGAGGGGAGUCUGAAGCUGAAGAUUCAGACCACGAAGCGGGCUAAGAAACCCCCAAAGAAUCUGGAGAACUAUAUAUGCCCACCUGAGAUCAAGAUCACCAUCAAGCAGUCUGGGGACCAGAAGGUAUCCCGUGCUGGGAAAAAUAGCAAAGCUAUGAAGGAAGAGGAAAGAAGCCACUCCAAAAAGAAGCUCCUCGCAGCCAGUGACCUUGCAGUCAGCGACCUCAAAGGAUUUCAGCCACAGGCUUACGAGCGGCCACAGAAACACUCAGCUCUCCAUUAUGACCCAGGCCUCCCACAGGACUUCACCGGUGACACCUUAAAACCAAAGCACCAGCAAAAAAGCAGCAGCCAGAAUCACAUGGACUGGUCCACCAACUCUGACAGUGGACCUGCCACUCAGAAUUGCUUCAUCAGUCCAGAGUCUGGCAGAGAAACUGCAAGCACCAGCAAGAUCCCAGCUCUUGAGCCCGUGGCUUCCUUCGCAAAAGCCCAGGGUAAGAAAGGCAGUGCAGGAAGCACGUGGAGCCAGUUGUCCAACAGCAGCAAAGAUCUGCUCUUGGGAGCUGUGGUUCCAUCCCCCAGCAACCACAGCUCACCAGCCCCACCCAGCAGCUCUGCCGAGUGCAAUGGGCUUCAGCCCUUGGUAGACCAAGAUGGAGGGGGUGCAAAGGAGCCCCUGGAAACACCUACUAUAAGCAGCAAGAAAAAGUCCAGUAAAAAAGAUGUGAUAAGUCAAACCAUACCAAACACCGACCUGGACUGGGUCAAGAAUGCACAGAAAGCAUUUGACAUUACAGAAGGGAAAAGGGAAGGCUACUCUGCAGAUAAUGCCCAAGAGGCAUCACCAGCCAGGCAGAAUGUGAGUGCCGUGAGUAAUCCUGAAAAUGACUCAAGUCAUGUCCGGAUCACUAUUCCUAUCAAGGCGCCCUGUCUCGACCCAAGCAGCCAUAAGAGGAAAAAGCGAACGUCCAUCAAAGCAGUGGUGGAAAAGAUCAUGCCAGAGAAAGCCCUGGCUUCUGGAAUCUCUAUGAGCAGUGAGGUAGUAAAUAGGAUACUCUCCAACCCUGAUGGAAAUAAGAAAGACCCCCGUGUUCCUAAGUUGGGGAAAAUGAUAGAGAAUGAGACCCCCUCAGUUGGUCUUGACACCGGUGGAAAUGCUGAGAAGGUUGUCCCCGGAGGCAUGUCUAAGCAGCGGAAGCCGGCCUUGGUCAUGACGCCUCCAACACGCACGGAUCACUCGCCAUCAAGAAAGCUGCCUGAAAUCCAGCAUCCAAAAUUUGCUGCGAAACGGCGGUGGACGUGCAGCAAACCCAAGCCCACCAGUAUGCUUCGAGAGGCGGUGAUGGCCACCUCCGAUAAGCUGAUGGUCGAACCGCCGUCUGCCUAUCCCAUCACCCCAUCCAGCCCUCUGUACACCAACACAGACAGUCUUACUGUGAUCACGCCAGUCAAAAAGAAGCGGGGACGACCAAAGAAGCAGCCUUUGCUCACGGUUGAGACAAUUCACGAGGGGACUUCCACCAGUCCGGUCAGCCCCAUCAGCCGGGAGUUUCCUGGCACCAAGAAAAGAAAGAGACGACGCAGUUUAGCCAAGUUGGCCCAGCUGGUGCCAGGAGAGGACAAACCUAUGAGCGAGAUGAAAUUUCACAAAAAAGUUGGAAAGCUUGGGGUGUUGGAUAAGAAGACCAUCAAAACUAUCAAUAAGAUGAAAACACUGAAGAGGAAAAAUAUCUUGAAUCAGAUCUUGUCCUGCUCCAGCAACAUCGCUCUGAAGGUCAAAGCGCCUCCGGAAACCAGCCCUGGAGCAGCGGCCAUCGAGAGCAAGCUGGGCAAGCAGAUUAACGUCAGCAAGAGAGGAACCAUCUACAUUGGCAAGAAGAGGGGCCGGAAGCCAAGGGCAGAGCUGCCACCCCCAUCCGAAGAACCCAAAACAGCCAUCAAGCACCCAAGGCCUGUCUCUAGCCAGCCGGAUGUUCCAGCCGUGCCUUCCAACUUUCAGUCACUUGUGGCAUCUUCACCAGCAGCUAUGCACCCACUUGCCACACAGUUAGGUGGGUCCAAUGGCAACCUGAGCCCCGCCAGCACUGAAACCAAUUUUUCAGAGUUGAAAACUAUGCCAAAUCUCCAGCCCAUCAGUGCUCUUCCAACCAAAACCCAAAAGGGAAUCCACAGCGGAACCUGGAAGCUGUCUCCACCCAGACUGAUGGCCAACUCACCUUCACACCUUUGCGAGAUUGGGUCACUCAAGGAAAUCACGCUGUCCCCUGUGAGUGAGUCGCACAGUGAGGAGACCAUCCCGAGCGACAGUGGCAUUGGGACGGACAACAACAGCACGUCUGACCAAGCGGAGAAGAGCUCAGAGUCCCGACGCAGGUACUCUUUUGAUUUCUGCUCCCUGGACAACCCGGAGGCCAUUCCGUCUGACACCAGCACAAAGAACCGGCAUGGCCACCGGCAAAAGCAUCUCAUUGUGGACAACUUUCUGGCCCACGAAAGCCUCAAGAAGCCAAAGCACAAGAGGAAACGGAAAAGCCUGCAAAACCGCGAUGAUCUCCAGUUUCUGGCAGACCUGGAAGAGCUCAUCACCAAGUUCCAGGUGUUCAGGAUCUCCCACCGGAGUUACACCUUUUACCAUGAGAAUCCGUAUCCCAGCAUUUUUCGGAUUAAUUUUGAUCACUACUACCCGGUGCCAUAUAUCCAGUAUGACCCGUUGCUCUAUCUUCGUAGGACUUCAGACUUGAAGUCAAAGAAGAAGCGUGGUAGGCCUGCAAAAACCAAUGACACCAUGACAAAGGUGCCUUUUUUACAAGGGUUCAGCUACCCUAUUCCCAGUGGAAGUUACUAUGCACCCUAUGGAAUGCCUUACACGUCAAUGCCUAUGAUGAACCUUGGUUAUUACAGUCAGUACCCAGCUCCUUUGUAUCUGUCGCACACGCUGGGGGCAGCUUCCCCAUUCAUGAGGCCGACAGUGCCACCACCUCAGUUCCACACAAGCUCCCACGUGAAGAUGUCUGGUACAGCGAAGCAUAAAGCCAAGCAUGGAGUGCACCUGCAGGGACCUGUAGGCAUGAGCCUCGGCGACAUGCAGCCGUCCCUGAACCCUCCCAAGGUGAGCAGUGCCAGUCUGUCUGGCGGUCGGCUCCACAAGAGGAAACACAAACACAAGCAUAAGCACAAGGAAGACCGAAUCCUGGGGACCCACGACAACCUGAGCGGUCUCUUUGCAGGCAAAGCCACGGGCUUCUCCAGCCACAUCCUGAGCGAGCGACUGAGUGGUGCAGACAAAGAACUCCAGUUGGUGAGUGAGAAGAACAAGCAUAAGGAAAAACAGAAGCACCAGCACAGUGAAGCCGGUCACAAAGCUUCUAAGAACAACUUUGAGGUGGAUACCCUGUCUACGCUGUCUCUUUCUGAUGCCCAGCAUUGGACGCAGGCCAAGGACAAAGGGGAAUUGAGCGCUGAGCCUGCAGACUCGUGCACAAAGAGGUACUCUGGCAGUGGAGGGGAUGGUGGCAGCACAAGACCGGAGAGCCUGGACGUGUUCGGUGAAAUUAACCCUUCGAGUGACAAGUGGGACAGUGACAUGACCGGGAGUAAACGGAGGAGCUAUGAAGGCUUUGGGACGUACAGGGAAAAGGACCUCCAAGCCUUCAAGGUGAACCGCAAGGAGAGAAGCUCUUAUGACUCCUCCCUGUCUCCAGGAAUGCCAAGUCCCCACUUAAAAGUGGACCAGACAGCAGCUCACAAUAAGAGCGAGGGCUCGGUGUCCACUGUGAUGACCAGGAAGAAGCCUGUCACUGUUGACAGUGUUGCAGUUCCGUCCAGCCCAGUGUUAUCUCUCCUUGCUGCCUCUGCAGCAACGUCGGAUGCAGCCAGCUCCUCCCUGAAGAAGCGCUUCAAGCGUCGGGAGAUAGAAGCCAUCCAGUGCGAGGUGCGGAAGAUGUGCCACUACACCAAGAUUCUGUCCACCAAAAAGAACCUGGACCACGUGAACAAGAUCCUGAAGGCCAAGCGGCUGCAGAGACAAUCAAAGACAGGCAACAACUUCGUCAAGAAGAGGAGAGGGCGGCCCCGAAAGCAGCCCAACCAGUUCGAUGAAGACUCCAGAGACCAAAUGCCAGUGCUGGAAAAAUGCAUCGACCUGCCGAGCAAAAGAGGUCAGAAGCCCAGCCUGAGCCCGCUUGUGCUAGAGCCGGCUGCCAGCCAAGACACCAUCAUGGCCACCAUCGAGGCAGUCAUCCACAUGGCCCGGGAGGCGCCACCCCUCCCACCCCCACCCCCGCCCCUCCCGCCCCCACCCCCGCCCCCACCCCCACCUUUGCCCAAGACACCCCGAGGCGGAAAGAGGAAACACAAACCUCAGCCUCCAGUGCAGUCCCCGCAGCAGCCGCCCCCACAACAGCCCCUUCCCCAGGAGGAGGAGGUCAAGGCCAAAAGGCAGAGGAAAUCCCGAGGGAGCGAGAGCGAUGGCCUUCCCUAGGGUGGGUCUGGGCUUCCGAACCUGGGGCUGGGGGAACUGACACAUUGCAAGUGCAGUGAGCGGGUGGGGCGGACUCCCCCGCUGCAGGGACACCACCAAGGCCCUUCUCUGCAGAAGCUGGGCCGGCAGAUGCGGGCCAGAUAACCAGGCUGGAGCCACCAUCAUUAGCUCUUGGGGAAGCAAAGCAGGGGGAUACCUUCAGGAAAAGCGUGUCUGCUUUACAGCGGUUCCCAUCCAAGCGGCGCCUCGGUAUGGCUAGAUCCGUUAUAGGCCAGCACAAGACCCAUCAAGGAGGAGGAAGCUGGUGUUGCUCUCCCACAGCCACCUGACCUCCGCAUCCAAGGUGCGUCCUUGAUUCCAUUGCAUUUGCUGGCCAGGAAAAAUUGAAAGGGAAUCACCCUCAAUUAGGAAAUAUUCCACGGGGAGAAAAAAAAGCUGCAGAUGUUUCAGCUGGCUUUGUUGUCACCUGCUUCCAUUUAUCUGGUUUUUAUUUCUCUUGGUUUUUCAAGCUCGGCUAGGCUUUGGGGCACCAAUGUCAUCUUCAGGUGACCUGAAUCAUUCCGUUAACAAUAAAUACAGUUUCUCAGAUGGAAUCAUUUAAUCAGAAGGUGGAAUUCUAGUGAUAGGCAACCCUAGACAUAGAUUCAUAUUCUUGUACGCCUCCUCUAUCCCAGGUACGCUGAUACUUAGCACGCUCUCUUCUGACUUUUUCUUUGCCCAUUGUGCUUCCAUAUACCUUUUCAUUAACUUACUUGCUACCUUCUUUUUCCUUGGCACACACCUAAGUAAUGUAAACUUUACCUGUGUUGUAAUGUUCACCCUUGGUAUGCUUUAAAUCCCAAUCAUUGUGUGAAACAAAUUACUCAGAGUGGAUACAGCUUUUUUAAUAAGUGAGUUAGAGCAGCCAAGGAUAUGUUGGCCCAGGUGUCAACCAGGUUAUUUUUAUUCUUCAAACAUAUCAGCAGAAAAUAGGCAGCAUAAAAAGAUUUUAAUACCCCAUGUGAAUGGAAUAACUGACAAAUCACCAAAAAUUGAAACCCCAGACCCACCAGAAAGACAAGUGUCUAGCAAUGCCUUGAUAUGUGAUUUUUUUUCAUACAAAUAACUAUCAUAAGUUGUU